AUGGCGGGCAUUUUGUGGGGCUCAGAUGCCUUUGCAGAGCUCGUAGACAAAGCUACGUCUGAACUGCUACCAGCAGGUCAAGAGGACAUCUCUCUCAACCUCGAGAUAUGCGAUCAGGUCAGAGCCAAACAGGUCCAACCUAAGCAUGCGAUGCAGGUCAUCAAGCGCAGAUUGGGUCACAAGAACCCCAACGUGGCCAUGCUUGCCCUAGGUCUCACUGACGUGUGCAUCAAGAAUGGUGGCGACCAUUUCCUUACAGAGGUGGCUUCUCGAGAAUUUAUGGACAAUCUCGUGUCCAUCUUGCGGGAUCCAGCAGGCGUCAACGUGGAUCUCAAGUCCAAGUCGCUAGGAUUGAUUCAAAACUGGACUCAAAUCGCCGAGGCCCGACCCGCAUCUGCAUCUUCCUCCAUGGGCUACAUCACGCAAACGUACCGAUCUCUCCAAGAAGCGGGCUUCGAAUUCCCACCCAGAGACCCAGCUGCUGUGAUUAGCGCUGCGCUGGUAGAGACCAUGACUGCCCCCGAAUGGAUUGAUGGGGACGUAUGCAUGCGUUGCCGAACAGCCUUCACGACCUUCAACAGGAAGCAUCAUUGCAGGAACUGCGGUAACGUCUUUGAUGCGCAGUGCAGCGGACACACGAUGGCUCUGCCUUGGUUCGGAGUAGGUCAGGAUGUCAGAGUGUGCGAUGGUUGCUACGCCAAAAGAGCGCCGCCCAAGAAAUCGGCCAUCAGCUCCACUUCUUCAGGUAGCACCAGCUUGGCGCGAUCUCGCUCCGACGCUGCUCAGAUCACGCCCUCGGGUAGAGGGGGGGCGGGCUCUCAUCACAGAUCAGCAACCUUGGGUAGCAAGUCCGGGCAGCCACGCAGCGCAGGCUCAGGUCAGCGCAUGCAGCGAGAGGAAGACGAUCUGGCUCUGGCGAUAAGGCUCUCGCUAGAAAGCUCCGGAUCCAACUCGAGCGGUGCGCCGUCCAGCGGCUACGUGCCUUCUUCGCCGCCAACCAGUCGAGCAACUCGUCAACCCGAUGGACGCAUGCUAGAAGGCACAGAUGCAGAUGAUGACCCAGACUUGGCAGCCGCUAUCGCUGCCAGCCUGCGCGACUUUGCCCCACCAGCACCCAGCGCUCCCACGGACUUCUUGCCAGCAGAUGCUGGCAGUCUCACUCCUCGAAGCCGUCAAGCACAUCAGACCAGCACCGCGUCUCGCUUGCCUUUGCCACCUUCUUUGGAAUUGGCUAAUCCCGACAUUGACGCGCUGCUGAGCUUCUCUCAAGGCAUCCGGGUGCAAGAAGCCCAAGCUGCACAGACUGGCAUGUUCUCGGCAUCUCAGCCGGGCACUGAACAGCAGCAAGUAUACGCGGCGUAUGACAAAGCGACAGCUGCGAGACCCCGGCUAGCACGAAACCUGGAAGAGGGAAACAGGAGACUAGCAGUGUUGACUUCGAUGCAUGAUAAACUUGGGGAAGCUGUGCAUCUCUACAACCGCAUUCUCGACUCACAACUCUCAAGGCCAGCAGCGAGCUAUGCGCCGCAGCACAACGGACACGCGUACGCCUACGCUGCUCAGCAGCAUCCUCAGCAUGCUCAACAGACGCAGCAAUGGGGCUUCCAUCACCACUCAUCACAGGACCGUCAUGCCGAACCCUCCUCUGUUGCGGGAUAUUCUGCCGCAGCUACUCCGAGCUCUUCCUUGUACCCCAACCUCUCGCAACAGCCUCAAGCACAUGGGUACGUCGAUCCUUCACAGCAUGCUAUGUCGCACGGUAUUCAGGGCUUGCAGCCCUGGCAACAGCCACAGCAGCAUGGCCAGCACCCAGACGGCCAGCACCGAGCUCCUCAGCAGUAUCACGCGCCUUAUUCACAGCAUCAUCCUUUCGAUGCCAAAGAGGUAGUGUCCCCUUCUGCUCCACCUCACCAGGCGCAUGGUGGCCCGCAACCUCAAUCACAAAGCUACGCAUCGCCCAUGCCCUCAUUUGCGGCUCCCCAAUCUGCAACGCCACAGGAAGCGAAGCGACAAGAACCGGCCAUUUAUGCCAAUCAAACCUUCAGUCCUGAACCGAACCACGCUCAACAUGCGUCAUAUGCAGGGACGUUCACGCAUCAUCCGCAAUUCGAUCCACAGCAGCAACAGCAAACCAUCAGCAGUCCACACCAACAGCAGUACGAAGCACCUUGGCAUUCGUUGCAGAGUCUGCCGAGCGUGAGCUCGCUGCCCACGGUCGAUUCUGCUCAUGGGAAAGCAGUGCACUCCCCCUCUGGAUGGGCACAUUCGGCAGCCGGACCGCAAAGCGCUUUGACGGUCUCCUCCGCGCCUUUAGCGCUAAACGAGAGCGGCUUGACACCUGUGUCUAUCGAAGAUGCCACUGGCAAGGGUCUGACGUCCAGGCAGGUGCCUCCGCGUCAAGAAGCUGUGUUGGGUACUUCUCCUCAGACGGAUGGUCAGCUGCCUGGUUCUGCUAGUUCAAGAGAUGAUGUUCAGUCAGUGGGAAAUGCACCGCGAAACAUCCCCAGCGCCGCUCCCGUCCCGUCGACACCUUAUUCUGGACAGUCUAGGCCUCCAGCUUUCCCGCACGCAAGUGCACCCGAGACGGAUGUCGAAGCAGUGAGCGAGAACGCUUUCAAUGGAUGGAGAGAUAUACCCAUCGCCCCAACGGCUCCACCUGUUGACAAACCUGGGUUGUCAACGGCGCCAACGGCACACGUCGACCAGGAACCUUGGAGAUCGCCCGCACACAGACAGAUGGAGCCGAGUCUCAUCGAGUUCUAG